AUGGUGGCAUUCCAUUAUGGCUCCGUGGUGUUUUUCAACUUUGACCGCACGGAGGAGGCGCUCGCGCUCGAUAUAGUCACGCAGCACUGCACUGGGGCGUUCAAAGAAGCACACAGUGACGGUGGGUUGAGUGACCUCGAUCGAUACAGUCACAUGAUGCUGUGCUGUUUAGAGGCACACAUCAAUGAGUACAGUGUGAUCGCACGGGCUGGGCUGAAAGGGUGGAGCAAAGGGGGCCAUGAUUACGUGGCGCUGGACGUGAACAACAUCCGGGUCAUCUCCAGUAUCCUCGGGCAGAGCGUGGCUCUGGACCACUAUGCACGCAAGGUUGACGAAAUGGUGAACACGUUCAGUGAGCUGAAUCGCGGCAUGGAGCAGAGCGGCACCUUCACCAUGACUCGCAAGAAGCUCUUUCAGCUCGUUGCCGCUGCCAACACCACCCUCGCUGACGUCAUCCUCAGAAUAGGGCUGCUGGAGAGGUGCGAUGAGAUGGGGGCUCUUGUGUUUGUCUUAUUGCCUUCCAGUAUACAUUCCAUGAGCUAUCUGGUCCUACGGGACGACUUUGAGCUGGACGAGCGCUUUGAGAGCCUCGAUUUCAAACUCAACAUCAUCCAGCACAAUGUGAGGUUCUUCUUGGAUAUUCUUCAGAACCGGAAGUCGGACACCCUUGAGUGGAUUAUCAUCCUGCUUAUUGCAGGCGAAAUUUGUGUUAGUCUUCCCACCGCUGCAGCCAUGGCGGUGACAGCUCGCCGUCGACGCCGCUGCAGCCUCUUCCUGCUCUGCAUUGCCGUAAUCCUGAUCGUCGAUGGAUCUUCUUGCGCAGCGACAGAAAAUGUCGCAGCGUCGCAAAACGUCGCAACGCCGUCGCAAGGAAGCGACGUUGCACGAAGUGCUACAGUUCAGGGCUCGAAUGCAACAGCCAAGCGAGGUGUUCCAGAGUCGCUCGGAUGGCUGAUAUCCUCGUUUGGCGGAAUCUCUGAUGAUGAUAAAGAGGAUGAUUUGUUACUUAAAUCCGCGCUAGUAGCAGAUUCAGCUUCCAGCAAUGAACACAAAGACCCCGUAGAUUCCGGAGGAUCAGGUGACACGUGGACAGCCGAAGAUCUCUGGGAUGAAAUCAGCGCUGACGUGGAUCCUCUUCUGCUGGAGGCUGGAUGGGGGGAGUAUCUAAAGUGGAUUGCGGAUUCGGCGGGGGGGAAUGCGACUACGGCGCUUCAAGCAACCACGGGGAAAGGACCCGUAAAGCUGCUGAUGCUGAAGCAACGGUUUGUGCCCAAGCCACAACAGAAAGAGCAGGAGGGGGCUGAGAAGCGUGCAGAACCUUCUAACGAGGAUGAGUACAUGUUCCUGCCAUCCCUGGUUACCACCCGCCCCAUUCGCCGUGGCCAAGUGCUCUUCUCUCUGCCCCUGCACCUCGCCUUCACCUCCUCCCUCUGCGCCUCCUCUCCCCCCAAUUCGGUCCCAUUCCCAUCCCUCCCCGCGUCCCUCUCUCCCGAAGCCUCACUUGCUGUGUGCGCCCUCUCCCACCUCCACUCUUCCUCUUCCUCUCCUUCCUCCUCUGGCGCCUCGCCUCUCACCUGGGCGCCCUUUCUCCACCUGCUGAUUCACCUGAAGGCGGGCCAGCGCCGCGCACUGCCCAUGAUGCACGAGGGGCUGGGCAUGCAGCCGGAGAUGGCGGAGGGGCUGGGCAUGCAGCCGGAGAUGGCGGAGGUGAGUGCAGAUGAGAGGAGAGACGCUUGCAGGCGGCCUUGUAUUGUAUGUGAGGGGUUUGAGGCAUAUGAGAGCAACUCGAGGUGCAUAGGAACUGCUGCCACCAUACGAAUGCCUGCUCUUCCGGAAACCACCUUCGGCUUGCUUCCUUCCCACUCAUCUUCCACCACCCAGGCAGAAGCGAUGAGGCAGCAGCAGUAUGAGGGUGCGUGGGCAGAAGCACUGAGGCAGCAGUACGAGGGUGAGUACACGGCAUGGCAGCAGACCACCGCCAAGAAGGCGCCAGCAUACAAGUCCCGCCGCAAAGCCAAGCCCGCCCCGCCUCGCCACGACGAUAAUGCCCAGAAGAACCCCACAGGGACUACAGGGACUGCAGUGACGCAGGAGGAGUUUCUCCGUGCUGUGGCGACUGCUCUCGUGUCUGCCGUUCCCCUGCCCUCCGCCUCGCUCCAUGCCGCUGCAAGGCAGUGCCGCGCCAGUGGUGCAGGCGACUACGCUGCUGGUCCCCAUACGUGCUCAGGGGAUGGGAGGUGGGAAGCGAUGGAGGAUGGCGAGGAUGCUUUCACCUACUUUGGCGUCGCUCCCAAAUCGCUCUUCCUCGCCCAGUUCCCCCUCUUCGACUCCCCCCUUGCGGUCCUGCAAGCUGCUGCCACACAAGUGCCGCCCGAUUUUGAUCCCGAUGCAAUCGAAUCCCAGCUCAAGAUUGCGGAGAUCGGCGCGAAGAUUCUCCGGGCGGUGCGGAGGGUGAAGCGGAGGGUGGUUAAGGCGGUGGUGUGGGGGGCCAGGGAGGAGAGAGAGAGGUUGGGAGUGAGGGAGGAGAUUGUGGAGAAAGUGAGAGUGUGGGAGAUGCGGAGGGAGAUGCGGGAGAGGAUGGGUCUGGAAAAGGAACCUGGGGGAGGAGGGGGAAGCAAAGGGGGAGGUGGGGGAGGAGGGGGAAAUGAAGGGGGGAGUGGGGGAGGAGAAGAUGGGGAGGAGGAAGGUGGGGAAGGGGAGGAUGGGGAGGAUGGGGAGGAGGGGCAGGGGGGCAAGGGGGGGCAGGGAGGGGUGGAUGUGUCAUGGCUGGAAGGGCCGGCGCUGCAUGUGUAUUCGCUGGGUCUCAUGGAUCCCGAGAUGGUGGCAUACCUCACUGCCUUCGCCUACUUCUUUGCCACAAAGGAAGGGGAGGGUUGCAACUGCUACACUGCCUUUUGCACAGGGGAGGGUUGCAACUGCUACGCUGCCUUUUGCACAGGGGAGGGUUGCAACUGCUACGCUGCCUUUUGCACAGGGGAGGGUUGCAACUGCUACACUGCCUUUUGCACAGGGGAGGGUUGCAACUGCUACGCUGCCUUUUGCACAGGGGAGGGUUGCAACUGCUACGCUGCCUUUUGCACAGGGGAGGGUUGCAACUGCUACGCUGGCUUUUGCACAGGGGAGGGUUGCAACUGCUACGCUGGCUUUUGCACAGGGGAGGGUUGCAACUGCUACGCUGGCUUUUGCACAGGGGAGGGUUGCAACUGCUACGCUGCCUUUUGCACAGGGGAGGGUUGCAACUGCUACGCUGGCUUUUGCACAGGGGAGGGUUGCAACUGCUACACUGCCUUUUGCACAGGGGAGGGUUGCAACUGCUACACUGCCUUUUGCACAGGGGAGGGUUGCAACUGCUACGCUGCCUUUUGCACAGGGGAGGGUUGCAACUGCUACGCUGCCUUUUGCACAGGGGAGGGUUGCAACUGCUACGCUGGCUUUUGCACAGGGGAGGGUUGCAACUGCUACGCUGGCUUUUGCACAGGGGAGGGUUGCAACUGCUACGCUGGCUUUUGCACAGGGGAGGGUUGCAACUGCUACGCUGCCUUUUGCACAGGGGAGGGUUGCAACUGCUACGCUGGCUUUUGCACAGGGGAGGGUUGCAACUGCUACACUGCCUUUUGCACAGGGGAGGGUUGCAACUGCUACGCUGCCUUUUGCACAGGGGAGGGUUGCAACUGCUACGCUGCCUUUUGCACAGGGGAGGGUUGCAACUGCUACGCUGCCUUUUGCACAGGGGAGGGUUGCAACUGCUACGCUGCCUUUUGCACAGGGGAGGGUUGCAACUGCUACGCUGCCUUUUGCACAGGGGAGGGUUGCAACUGCUACGCUGGCUUUUACACAGGGGAGGGUUGCAACUGCUACGCUGGCUUUUGCACAGGGGAGGGUUGCAACUGCUACGCUGGCUUUUGCACAGGGGAGGGUUGCAACUGCUACGCUGGCUUUUGCACAGGGGAGGGUUGCAACUGCUACGCUGGCUUUUGCACAGGGGAGGGUUGCAACUGCUACACUGCCUUUUGCACAGGGGAGGGUUGCAACUGCUACGCUGCCUUUUGCACAGGGGAGGGUUGCAACUGCUACGCUGCCUUUUGCACAGGGGAGGGUUGCAACUGCUACGCUGCCUUUUGCACAGGGGAGGGUUGCAACUGCUACGCUGCCUUUUGCACAGGGGAGGGUUGCAACUGCUACGCUGCCUUUUGCACAGGGGAGGGUUGCAACUGCUACACUGCCUUUUGCACAGGGGAGGGUUGCAACUGCUACACUGCCUUUUGCACAGGGGAGGGUUGCAACUGCUACACUGCCUUUUGCACAGGGGAGGGUUGCAACUGCUACACUGCCUUUUGCACAGGGGAGGGUUGCAACUGCUACACUGCCUUUUGCACAGGGGAGGGUUGCAACUGCUACACUGCCUUUUGCACAGGGGAGGGUUGCAACUGCUACACUGCCUUUUGCACAGGGGAGGGUUGCAACUGCUACACUGCCUUUUGCACAGAGGAGGGUUGCAACUGCUACACUGCCUUUUGCACAGGGGAGGGUUGCAACUGCUACACUGCCUUUUGCACAGGGGAGGGUUGCAACUGCUACGCUGGCUUUUGCACGUGGAAGGCCUUUUGCACGUGGAAGGCCUUUUGCACGUGGAAGGCCUUUUGCACGUGGAAGGCCUUUUGCACGUGGAAGGCCUUUUGCACGUGGAAGGCCUUUUGCACGUGGAAGGCCUUUUGCACGUGGAAGGCCUUUUGCACGUGGCAGGCCUUUUGCACGUGGAAGGCCUUUUGCACGUGGAAGGCCUUUUGCACGUGGCAGGCCUUUUGCACGUGGAAGGCCUUUUGCACGUGGAAGGCCUUUUGCACGUGGCACCUCUUCUUUGCGCGAUUCCCCCAUCGGGACCACCUGCUAUCCGCCCUCACGCCCGUGCUGAGGCUCGUGGCGAGCACGCUUAGAGAGCUAGUGGAGGCGCACUUAGCUAAGUACCAGGGCUCGGUGCAGGAGGACGCCAUGUCGCUUUACUACGUGCCCUUCUGCCGCGUGUGGCAGCGCGCGGGAGAGAAGCAGCCCGAGAAGAUUGUAAAGAUCUGCGAGCCGUGGAUGAUGACGGGGCUAGAGGAGGUGGAGCAUGUGGUGCAGCGCCACCUCAACCAAAAGCAGCUGCUCGUGGAGGCCUCUGAUUGGCUGCUGCUCUCCUGCGACCCGCGCUUCGACCUGCACCUGGGGGGAACGGGGAGCUGGGCGGCAGGGGAGGCAGAGCAGAAGAGGGGAGGAGGGGGGGGUGCGGUGGAGGGAGAGGGAGGCGAGGCAGGGGAGGUGGAGGAUGAUGAGGAGAGGAAGCUGAGGGCGUUCAUAAAGUGGGUGCAGCAGAGGGGCAUCAAGGAGUAUGGCACGGAUGAUUCCCCUCUCAAGGUGAGCCCCGGUCCGGUGAACAUCCAGGUGGCCAUGGUGGCGUGGCUGCUGCGGGAGAAGGCGAGGGGGAGGCAGUCGGAGUGGUGGCCGUACAUCGACAUUCUGCCUCCCUACGUGCCGCUGCCCCACCGCUUCCGCAAUGACUCCCUGGACGAGGCUCAGUCCGAUCUCCUCAAGCUACUGGUCCACCAGCAGAGGGAGGUAGCUUUAAUGGAGUACAAGCAGGUGCGCCCACCCGCCAUGGCGUUUGCAUCGUUGGACGACUACAUGUGGGCGCACUCCAUCCUGGACUCGCGCGCCUUCUCCAUGCCCUUCAAGGAGCUCUCCGGCCUCCACCUUGAAGUCGCCGCCGCGGGGGAGUCAGGCAAAACGGGGGCGAGGAGCAGCACAGGGGGCGAGGGGCGCGAAGGGGGUGAGGGGGAGGUGGAGAGAGACGGGAGUGAGGGGGGGGAGGGGGAGGUGGAGAGAGAUGGGAGUGAGGGGGGGAAGGGGGAGGUGGAGAGAGACGGGAGUGGGGAGGGGGAGAAGGAGAAGAGGAGGAGGGCGCGGGAGAAGCGGCGGAGGGCGAUGGCAAAUGCACCGGGCGAGCUGGUGGAGGCGGUGAAUGAUGCGGUGGGGGUGCUGCACGAGUCGCCCCGCCGUGUGGUGCGCGGCGUGGGCAUGGCGCUUAUUACCGCUGCUGAGCUGCUGGACCACCAAAUCAAUGCCUCCAUCCAAUACAAUAUAACGCACCAAUUCGAGUACAUAGCCACGCUGAACGUCUCAGCAGGAACAGAGCUUUCCACAUCGUACGGUCCCAAGACCAACGACCAGCUGCUCGCCACCUAUGGCUUUGUCCUCGACGCCAACCCCUUCGAUGGGACCCCCCUCUUUGACAACCUCACACAGGCCGUGGGUGUGGUGGCGGCUCUGCUGGCGAAUGGCGACAUGUUGAAUGGAUUAUCAACGAGCAACGUUUGUCUUGAACGCUCAUCUCAAGGGGACGCUCAUCUCAAGGGACGCUCAUCUCAAGGGACGCUCAUCUCAAGGGACGCUCAUCUCAAGGGACGCUCAUCUCAAGGGACGCUCAUCUCAAGGGGACGCUCAUCUCAACAGACGCUCAUCUCAACAGACGCUCAUCUCAAGGGACGCUCAUCUCAAGGGACGCUCAUCUCAACAGACGCUCAUCUCAAGGGACGCUCAUCUCAAGGGGACGCUCAUCUCAAGGGGACGCUCAUCUCAAGGGGACGCUCAUCUCAAGGGACGCUCAUCUCAAGGGACGCUCAUCUCAAGGGACGCUCAUCUCAAGGGGACGCUCAUCUCAAGGGGACGCUCAUCUCAAGGGGACGCAUGCUGCUGGUGGGUGGCGAGAGCAGCCGUGCGGCGCCUGGUGCACUGCACAGCGAGCAAGAGCCCAACUAUGCUCAGCUAGCGCUGGGCUGUGUGCUGUAUGGCUGGGGCGUGUCUGCCAAUCAAACCUGCCUGCACGUCCUGCCAAACUACUCCACCCUCAUGCCGGCCGUGGUCGCUGCGGCCGACACCAUUCGUCUUCUAGCAGAGUAUCGGCUGGCACGCUACCCGACCACCAUGGAAGAAGACGACGCUGUGCUUCGGAAGCUACAGUCCUGCCAGGCCUGGGGCAAAGGCUUGGCGGAAGGCUCGGCGGAAGGCUCGGCAGGAGAAGGAACAGCUGGGACGGGCUUAUCUGGGGAGGGUUCGAAAUCCGGUAAGGAGGAGGGGAGGGAGAAAAGGGAGGGGACAGGGGACGAAGAAGAUGGCAAAGAGGCGAGGGAAAGGGAGGAGUUCCGUGCGUGGUGUGUGCCGAUCUUACCAGUGGUGGAGGAGAGGAUGGUGCUGGUGCGGUACCGCCGGCACAAGAAGAAGGUGCUGCGCUCUGCGGCCUCCCGCCUCCACCACUCCUGCGUGCUCCCCUCCCUCACUGCUGCUCGUGCUGCUCCCCCCGGUGCUCGUCGCGGCGCUGCUGCUGGUUCGGACCACUCUGCUUCGGCCGAGGCUGAUUCGGCCAAUGCUGGUUCUGGAGAGGUUUGGUCUAUGCCUGGUUUGGUUGGUGAUCCGGCCAGAGUUUCAACAGACCAGAUCCAGGAAAAGUAA